AUGUUCGACUUCUCAGACACCGAUUCGGGCAUAUCAUAUGAGAGCACUGAAGAUGAAAUAGAAAUUAACACUCCAACGUAUUCGCUAUCCAUAAUGGAUCCUAUUGAGGCUGCUGUGCAACCGGAAAAUAUGCUAGACAAAUUUGUAGAAGUUGGCGGAAGACGUUACUUCAACGAUGUUACAUUAAAAGGUUUUUACUAUCUGCCCAGUGACCAGAAAGAAGUAGAAAGAACGUAUGCACGAAAUCACCUAGACAAAAUUAUAUGGGAAGGUAACUACUCUGCUCCCGUUUUCGAUAGUCUAUCAUUAGGAGCAAACGUUCUUGACGUUGGUUGUGGUGCAGGAGCUUGGAUAGUCAAUAUGGCGUUAGAGUACCCUACUUCAGUAUUUGUUGGAAUAGACAUCGUUCCUUUGUUCCCUGAAGACUAUCCACCAAAUAUGACGUUUCUUAGAUGUAAUAUCCUGAACGGUCUACCGUUUCCAGAUAACACAUUUGAUUUUGUUCGACAAGCGUUUGUCAUAGUUUGUAUCGAUUGGCAAUCGUGGAAAGAGAAAGUGGUGAAAGAACUCAUAAGAGUAACUAAGCCCGGAGGAUAUAUCGAAAUUAUGGAUAUGAAUAUAGACCGUGAAAUCAUAAAUCUGGGAAUAGUAAGCGGAAAAAUUGACAAUUGUCUAGAGGAACAUUUUCGUAAAGCCGGAAUCAAUCGAGCGUCCGGUACAGAUGUAAUAAAAACAUUUAAUGAGUUCAAGGAUAAGGUGAUCGUAGCUCCCAUUGAAGUAAGAACAUACUAUUUGGGGAAGAAAGCGGGGAGAAUAGGUGAUGCAUUAUUGAAAUCUGUCUUAGGGGGAUAUAGAGCAAUGAAAAUUAUUUUUAUUCAUAUUAUGAGGAUUACAGAAGAAGAAUUCGAACAGAUGUUAAUUGAUUUUGAGAAGGAAUGUAAUGAAAUUACUCUUCGUAAAACACGAUAUUGCGCCAUUAUUCAAAAGCGUUUGGUUGUGUACGACAGUUGA